UUAAUGAUAAUCAUUGAUAUGAUAUACAUUUAUCUUUUUACGAUUUUUUUCAAAUUUUGGUAUAAAAAGAACACAUGACAAAAUGUUUUUACGUAUUACCUACUUUUAUUCUUUGUUUUGAACUAAUUAAAUUUUUUUAGUUGAAUACACGAUUCAAAAUGUUGUUGACAACAUCAUGAAAAUGUCAAGAGCAGAAUUGACAAUUAAAAUUGCCGCUCGAGCGACACUUGUUGCCGUUUGUGAUAAUCACGGAAAGGGUGAAUGAAAAAUAACAUAACCUAAGUUAUAAGUAUAUUCUUUGAACAUAAACAAGCACAAAGAUGUGAAUAAUAAAAAGCUCAAGCGCAUAGAUGUCAACUGUACAGGAUUUAAACACGACAAUGUCAAUAGAAAAAGAUUCAAUUACAACGAUGUCGAUUGCAAAAAAUUCAAGUACGGCUAUGUCAACUGCAAAAGAGGAUAUUACAACGAUAUCAACUGCAACAGAUUCAAGCACGACGAUCUUAACAGCAAAAGAUGCAACCACGGCGAAGUCAAAUGCAAAAGAUUCAAAAACAGUUGUGUUAAGUGCAAAAAAUUCGAACAAUUUUCCUCAAGAAAAAUUAUGUCAAGGAAAGGACAUUUUUGAACGUAUGAACUACUUAUAUCAGGCAGGGGUGCUUGCUUCAUCAAAAAAUUCUGUUGUAGCUGCUUACUGUGGAUCCAGCAUGAAAGCAUGUGCCAAAAAAGCGGUACUGCGAAUUGAUCAUAAUAUAAAACGAACAAUUUGUCAAGUAUGCAAUUGUCCACUUGUUCCUGGUAAAACAUCCAAAGUUCGAUUAAAAAAGAAGAAAAUCUUUAUAAUUUGUAAAAGUUGUGAAAAUUCUAAGAAAAUUCCUAUGAACAUAAAGAAAGACACUUUGUGGUUUGAAAAACCAGAAGCUGUUGCAGAAAUGUAUAAUUAUGGUCCGAAAAAACAAUAGAGUUUUUACAA